AUGGCGGCCGGCUCCUGGUUCGGCGGGGGGCUGAACGGAGUCAUCCACACCGCCGUGACUUUCUCCCUCCUCUUCUGUGACACCCACACCACCCGGCAGUUCUUCUGCGACAUCCCUUCCCUCGUGCGGAUCUCCUGUUCCAGACGCUCCAUCGACGAGCUCGCCAUUCUGGGCUUCAGCAUGUUCCUGGGCCUCUGCUGUUUCGUCGGCAUCAUCGUCUCGUACGUACGCAUCUUUCGGGCCGUGCUGAGGAUGCCGGCCUCCGAGGGCCGGGCCAAGGCUUUCUCCGCCUGUCUGCCCCACCUCGCCGUCUUGUCUUUAUUCAUAGUGAACGGGGUCUUCACCUACUUCAAGCCCACGUCUGACUCCCCCUUGGCCCUGGACCUGCUGUUGUCCGUGUUUUACACCGUGGUGCCCCCCGCACCUCCAAUACAUCAGGGUUGA